CAGGGUCCUCUGCCGGCUCCGCGUCGGUCUGGCGCUCCAGGCUCUCGGCUCUCCAUCGGCCAUGGCUCCUAAAGGUGGCUCCAAGCAGCAGUCCGAGGAAGACCUGCUCUUGCAGGAUUUCAGCCGCAACCUCUCGGCCAAGUCCUCUGCGCUGUUCUUCGGGAACGCAUUCAUCGUGUCCGCCAUCCCCAUCUGGUUAUAUUGGCGAAUAUGGCAUAUGGAUCUUAUUCAGUCUGCUGUUCUGUACAGCGUGAUGACCCUAGUAAGCACCUAUUUGGUAGCCUUUGCAUACAAGAAUGUAAAGUUUGUUCUCAAGCACAAAGUGGCACAGAAAAGGGAGGAUGCCGUUUCCAAAGAAGUGACUCGAAAACUUUCUGAAGCUGAUAAUAGAAAGAUGUCUCGGAAGGAGAAAGAUGAAAGAAUCUUGUGGAAGAAGAAUGAAGUUGCUGAUUAUGAAGCUACAACAUUUUCCAUCUUCUAUAACAACACUCUAUUCCUGGUCUUGGUCAUUGUUGCUUCCUUCUUUAUACUGAAGAACUUCAACCCCACAGUGAACUACAUUUUGUCCAUAAGUGCUUCAUCAGGACUCAUCGCCCUCCUGUCUACUGGCUCCAAGUAGACCAUGUCAGCUUAGCCCCCUGACUUUGUAUCCAUGAGUGGCCUGUGGUAUAUGGAAAAGUAGCAGGGUGGUCAGGGUGGGAGGUGCACAGUGUUUUUAAUAGUCUGGAGUUGGAGGGUUUAAAAAUGCAACAGAAAGUAAUUCAGUAUUUGUUUAUUGGCUCUUUUUGACAGUGUUGAAAUUAAAUGAAUUGAAAGGGAAACUCAGAGUACCAGGACAUUUAUUAAAAGGCAAGAAGUCUUGCAAUGUGCUAUAGUCACAAGAGGAGAAAAUAACUUGUUUCCUUGAUCUGUCAGAGGUCACAGUAACCUGGACUGAGCUGUUAUUACUUAUAAUAGGAGCAAGAAGCUAAUAACUUGUUCUCUGUGUUCCAAGCACAAUAUUAUAACUUUUUUUUGAAUUAUAAAUAUCAGAAUGAAUCCUCUUCUCAGGAGAUUGAGCAGAAGCCUCAUGUUUACAGGUCUCUGAAUUUGCAAUUUGUAAUAAAGUUAAAAACAUAGCUUCAUUGACUUGGGGAAGAGAACGUUGUGGAAAAGUUCCUGUUUUUUUUUUUUUUUUUUUAAGAAGAAAGGAGGCAGCCAAGGGUAGUAACCUAAAAAUAGUGCCCAGGCCUAUGAGAGUUUAAAGCAUAACCUGUUCAGCUGAAUGGCUCUGGCCCUGGGUGGCCAGGGAGGUCAGCUUGACCCUGCCAUAUUGGUUUUGAUGUGUGAAGUCACUGGGAUCUUUGUUUUUCUUUGACCAGGGUCUCAACACCACUGGAAGAAUGUUAAGUAAGAGAGAACCUCUUUCUUAGUACUGACAUGUAAACAGCCAAAGUAAUUUUGUGAACUUAGUUCUGGAAUUCAAAGAGCUCUCCAAGGGAUUUACAGUGGUUUAAAUGCUUGUCUGCAUUUUUGCAUUAGGACUGUCUCAACUUUGACCCACAAGUUCCCAUUGAUUAUGAACAAAAUAGUGAUCACAUCAGCCCUUGGGUGGGGGGGCCCAGUUAAGAUCAGUUUUUUUUUUUUGCUAAUGUAUGUACAGAUACUAUAAUUUUCUGCGUGUAUAAUGACUUGAAAAAGUUUGAGAAGCUCUUUAUCACUUAUGAUUUCGGGUUUUAUAUUCCUAUUAGCUUUUGUGACCACAUGUAGUAAUUUCCUACAGAUAGUCCCUAAAGGGAAUAGAUUUCUAAUCUUCAGUCUCCACUUCUAAAUUUAAGGUGAAUGCUAUAAGUGGGGCAUUGUUUAUUUAUAGCUUCUAAAAGAGGUAUUCAUUGAGAGUGUUCACCUUCUCUUUCUGUGCUAUUGGAUGUAUUGGUGGGCUGCAUCAAAGAAUUUAGAAGGAAGACUGAGGAUGAGAACAUUUGCACAGUGACCUAGACUGUCGUUGUCAGUGGUUGAGGAUUACAUUUUAUUAUUGCUUCUAGAAGACUUCAAUUCUUUGUUUCUUGGGUCUGUUAUUAUCUGGGUGCCAUUGCUAGAUAAUGUGGAAUGAAUAAGGAAGUUAGAAGAGAUUUCACUGCAAAGUACAGUCAAAGUAACAGAGUUUUUUUAUUUUUCUUUAUUGAUAAAAAAAAAAUCAGUGAAUAAUUUGGUGCCUGGAGUUUGCGUAUUAGUGCAUUUGCCCACUUGAAAUGGUUAUCAGCAUUGACUGAUAUUUGAGCUGGUCAGUUACUUUUUCAAAUGCUGGUGAAGUCUUGCCACUAGAUGGCAGUGUGUGUGUAGAUGGGAAAAAGUCAUCACUAUUCUUGGUACAGUAUGUUAGAGCUAAGAGAUGGUGAAAUAAGUAUCAGCUUCAAGUUCUUAAUAGAAUUCUCUUGAAUUAAUAAACUAAAAUUUUU